UCAACCAAUCAGCUGUCAGCCAGUGACGUCUGUAGCUCGCAGGAACAAUGGCGUCUGUUUCGGAGCUGUACGAUGUGACUUGGGAAGAGAUGCGUGACAAACUCCGGAAGUGGAGAGAGGAGAAUUACAGAAAUAGUGAGCAGAUUGUGGAUGUCGGUGAGGAACUGAUCAAUGAGCAUGCUUCAAAGCUUGGAGAUGACAUUUGGAUAAUUUACGAACAGGUGAUGAUCGCAGCCCUGGACUGUAGUCGAGAUGAUUUGGCCUGGAGUUGUCUACAGGAGCUGAAGAGGCAGUUUCCAGAUAGUCACAGAGUGAAGCGAUUAGCAGGCAUGCGGCUAGAGGCUCUGGAGAGGUACGACGAUGCCAACAAGUUGUAUGAUUCAAUACUACAAGACGAUCCCACUAAUACGGCGGCGAGGAAGCGCAAGAUCUCCAUUCUGCGAGCACAGGGCAAGAGCAGUGAGGCCAUCCGUGAGCUCAAUGAAUAUCUAGAGCAGUUUGUGGGAGACCAGGAAGCGUGGCAUGAGCUAUCAGAACUCUACAUCAACGAACAUGAUUAUGCAAAAGCCGCUUUCUGCCUGGAGGAGCUGAUGAUGACUAACCCGCACAAUCACCUGUACUGUGAACAGUAUGCAGAGGUGAAGUACACACAAGGGGGGCUGGAGAACCUGGAGCUGGCCAGGAAGUAUUUUGCACAGGCACUGAAGCUGAACAACAGAAACAUGAGGGCCUUGUUUGGCCUAUACAUGUCAGCAAGUCACAUAGCAGGCAGUCCUAAAGUCAGUGCAAAGGUAAAGAAGGACAAUGUGAAGUAUGCUGCUUGGGCUGCUUCUCAAAUCAACAGAGCCUACCAGCUCGCUGGUCGUGGGAAGAAGGAGAACAAAUGCUCAAUGAAGGCGGUAGAGGAGAUGUUGGAGUCCAUGCAGAUCACCAUGUCCUAAGCCUCAACUCUCUCCUCUUUAGCCUCCAUCACCACAACAGCAUGGCAGCUCUCCCUGCGCACUGCAGCACACCACCACCCACAGAGCAGACCACCCGACCGCCCCCGCCACAUUUUCCCACUCUAUCUCCUCACUUUUGUUUCAUUUUUUUCUAGGCUGUUUUGGUCUAGUAGUGCAGCCCUCAUCAAGACCCCUAGUCAUUCCACAUAUUGACUUUAUUCCAAAUUUGGCACUUCUGAAUUCAUGUAACAAGGGCUGAAUGGUCAGUAAAUGAGAAACUACAUACACAGGUGUGCUUAGUUUGAAAGUAGAUAUAUAAGGAAUGCUGGGGUUGGCUAAUAGUGUUUUUUGGCAGCAGGAAUAGAUGACUAAUUUAAGAUCAAGGACGCUAAUGUGAAUAGACUGUAAAUGAUAUUUAUAGGUGGGGCAGAUGUGGCUUAGACUGAAACUGUGCUCUUUGUGUGCGAUGUCAUUUUUAAUAUAACUGGUGUCCGUUCUGGUCACACAUCUGCCUAAUUAAAGAAUUUCACUGUUUGACCAACAUA